AUGCAAAGCAGCAUAUGUAGCAGACCGAUAUGUCUGUACCUGCACCGUUCUGAAUGCGAAAACGGAAAUCCUACGUAUUUCAUAGGCUCGGAUCUUGUCUUAAUUCACUUGAACACACGACACGUGGGAACAGUGAUAGUGCUGACGAUAGUCCUGAUGUCAGGACUAUCGUCAGGACUAUCGUCAGCACUAUCACUGUAUCUGUCAACAGAUACACCGCACGACAUUACGUUGCAGAUUUGA